AUGUGGAGCUGCUACUGUCUACUAUUCGGAAGGCCGCAUCCUCGUUAAACCGGACAGAAUACUGACAGAAUAUUUCUGUGUUGGUUUACUGAUUGAAACACAUAUUACGUCAUUGUAAAAAACCAGUGGCCGAAAAAUGUCAACAAAACCCCUACUGCCAGCACAGCUGCUGACCUGCAGUGAUGAUGACUUUAACAAUAAUGUCAAGAAUAUGUCUGCCAAGUGCUUGAUGGAUCUCAUCGCUGUGCUGCAGCAAGAGAUGGAAUCUGAACAGGAACACUUUAAUAGUCUCACCACUAAUUUGCAUGGACUGCAUGAUCGCAAUUCGCGCCAACACAAAACCAUCUCGAAUGACAUGGUGGCUUCUCAAGUUCGGCUUACCACCUUGAUGAACCGCAGCAUGAAAUGCUUCUCCCAGCAAAAUCUGUAUCAGAACAAGCAGGGUGGGCAACUUCAAAUACAGACUGCUAAGAGUGGUGAUCUUUUACAUCCUUCAUGUAUCAAAUCCACUAAGUCCAUUGCAGACCAGCCUUGUAAUGCUGACAGUGGCGAAAGCUGUUCUAAAACUGCUGCAUCCACAUUGUGCCCAGCUUCUUCAGUAUGUUUGUCAGUCAACCAUGGUGAUACCAGUCAAGUAGAUCUUGUAGACAGUCACAUUGCAAUACAGCAACAUACUGUUUCUGCUAGGGACAUAAAUGGAGAAUUAGAUAGCAGCACACGGGUGCCCAGAAACUGUGAAAUACCUAUAUCUUCUUCACAAAGUGUCUCGGCUUUAUCACAAAGCAUCCACCUCAAGCCUACUUUGAUAGGGAGUGAUUUGCCAAUGUCAAAUAAAUCACAAUUAGUUAAAUUCUCUGUUGCUUCCACAUCAUCUGUACCUAAUCUAGCUGUAUCAAUUGGACAAAACAUAUAUCAAGGUUUACCUAGUGUUAAACAACUGGCUCUAACUUUUGGAGGGAAAUCAAUAAAACCUACAGGUCAUGGAGCCACUUUGUCUAGGUACAAGCCACUUAUGCAAGCUCAAACCACAAUGCCUAUGACAGUGGCCUCUACCAAAAGUAAUCAGUCUGAAGUACAGCUUGUGCAUGCCAGGCGUCAGGAUUUACAUAAUACACCCUCUUUUUCAGGCAAAUAUGCACCCUUAGUUUCUGGCUUAAAACAUCAUAUAGUAACAGAUUCUUCAUCUUUGCUUACAAAUCUUGAUCGCAAAAAAUCAAGUAGUUCAAUAGUUCUAACAAGCAGACAUGGCAAACAAAACACUUCACAGUUUAAAUCUUCUCUGGAAAUUAGCAUGGCAUCUGGAGGCAUGCAUAGGGUACAAUCCCAUGAAAAACUGUUCACUUCUGACAGUUUGGCAUGUACACCAAAAGAAAUUCCUGUGAAACAUUCAAAGCAAGAUGCCACUAAAACCAUGAUCUGCAAAGAAGAUUCACUUGGAGGCAAAAGAAGUACAGUUGCACAGAAAGAAUCCAGCAUGUCAAGACAGCAGCUGCAGCAAGAUAAUAGUGAUGGAAUGGCAUGUAUACCAGCCAGUGCAGUUUUAUGCUCCCUGGGAUCUGCCAAGCUGCCAACAGUUGAUAUUGUAGCAUCACAGACAUCAGAUGCAGCAGGAAGUUCACAUACAGGGAGCAUUGCAGAGGAAACGAAGAAUGUACCACGCAUAAAUUUCAAAGACUGGGACCCAAAACCUGUCUUGGAACAGCUCUAUAAAAUUCAACUGAUGACAGAGACAGCUGAGGACAUCUCACACCAGUUUAUUUCUAUGGAAGGACUAAUGGAAAAGCUUCCUAUGAACAAGAAGAAGUCAACACUGCUCAAAACAUGGAAACGACGUUUUUUCCAAGCCAAAGAUGGAUGGUUGCAGUACUAUGAGACAAGCAGCCGAGAAAAACCAAGUGAGAUUGUACAGUUGAUGGGCGGCCACAUUGAUGACAUGGGCAACCGCAUUUUGGGCAUUGAUGAUGGGAGAGGUCAUUAUUUAAUGGUGCGUGCCCCAACAGAGAAAGAAUAUGGUCAGUGGAAGGUGGCACUGGAGUCUCAGACAGCAGACAACACAAGAGCAACUUACGUUCGUCCAGUUGUGCACUCACCACAGCAUCCUUCAAUGCAUGUUGUUGUUGUUGAUCUGGGCAGUAGUGCUGUGAGAGCUGGAAUUCUGGGACAACAAAUCAGCCUACCACAAAUAAUUUUCCCAAGUGUGGUGGCAGUACACAAAGCCACAGGUGAAAAGGUAGUAGGAAUGGAUGCUUACCAACCAAACAUACGUCAUAACUCCAACCUGUUUUAUCCUGUGCAGCCAUCUGGCAAAAUAGAACAGGAAAUGAUUAAAAAAUUCAACAUCAAUGUGGAGCUGAUGUCUGCUAUAUUUCGCAAAAUAUUUUCAGAUCUAAACAUCAAUCCAUCUAAUUAUAUGGUAAUGCUAAGCACACCUCAGAAACUUAGUGAUUCACUGAGAGCAGCGCUGAUGGAUUCACUGAUAGAUGAUGUUGGUGUUCAAGGUGUAUGCAUGGUGCAGCAGUCUCUUUUAGCCUUGUAUUCUUACCAUACCACCUCUGGUAUCAUAGUUGACAUUGGCAACCGCAUCGAAAUACUUCCCAUUUAUGAUGGCUUUAUAAUAGAGAGCGGUGUGUCCCGAUGCCCAUAUGGCUCCCAGAAGGUAGUAGACUCAUUGAAGAAAAGUCUGCUUGAAAACAACUAUAAGUUUUCAUCUGAUGCAGAGCUGCUGCUUGUCCGCUAUUUAAUGGAACAGGUAUGCUACGUGGCAAGAAAUUUUAAGGAAGAGGAGAGACUGUGCAGUUCGGAGCCUGGAAAACUACAGCGCUGUGUCAACUUGACUAAAUUCAGCCUACCUGAAGGAACUUACAAGAACGUACAAGUAGAAGAAGGCCGGUUCAAAAGCCCAGAAGGAUUUUUCAAUGCAGACUUAUGGGAGAUGGACUACCCCACACUGCAUAAGCUGAUAUACCAAGCCAUCCAGUCUUGUCCCAUGGAUAACCGUAGACAUAUGUAUAGGGCAGUGUACCUUAGUGGUGGAGUGACCAUGUUGCCAGGCUUUGUGGAUCGUUUAGAGUAUGAGCUUAGCAGACUAGCACCAUCAGCAGUUAAAGUUGAGGUCCAUGCAUCACCUCACAGAAACCAUGCAGCUUAUCUGGGUGCUUGUUGUUUGGCUAGCAUGCCACAGUUCCAAGAUAUGGCCAUUUCUUGGAAUGAGUGGAGAAAGGAACGGGUUAAAGCAUUUGCCAAGUGGCAGAUACCUUCCUUUUAAUGUUUUCAACUUUUCUUCCAUCAACAUGCUCAGCAAUUUGCCAGUAAAAGUGUUCUUUUGUAGAACCUGAUUUAAAAGGAAAAGGAAUUAAGCUAAAGACUUUCAAUUGCAGGGGCAGUGAACUGUAAGUGGUUCAACAUAUCUAGGAUAUGGCUUAUGAAAAUUGGAGAGUGAAAUCCCUUUGCCUAACUGGCUGGAGGGGACUAGCUCUCCAUCAUUUUGUUUUGUCAAUGGAUCUGCGUCAAGUUCUAGCAUAUUUUACCGAUCUGUGAUGUUUCUUGCGCUGUUCUUCUCAGUUCUGGACUGUUCUUCACUACUUGUGCUGCUUCGUUUCUUCCAGUCAACACUUUCAUCCACUAACGUUAAAGGUAUGUGAAAAGCUGCAAGAAGACCAGCAGUGUUACACCUCACCAGCAGUGUGGCCCCACAGGAUAACAAGGCACCAAACAGAAAGGGCUGGACAGAGAUGUGCAACUGUCAUCUCUCAUCUUUUGACUCCAUCAGGUGCAUUAGGAAUAGAAACAAGACUGCAAGAGAAAGAUUAAUGCAGUGACAAAGUAUCUGGGAGUUGCCAGCUUCUUUCUACCCAACCACAGCAAACAGUUCACAUUGUCCAUCGAUUCCAGACUCUGUCUUUGUGUCUAGAGAGUUUAGAGUUAGAUGAUAUUAUCUGACAAUGAUUGGAAGGUAGUGUUCAAAGAAAAGUUGGUGGUUACCAAGAGUCAGAGUUCAAGUUCUCAGUGACAUGGCCAACGUUUUGCCUAUGAAGGCACUGGAGCUGCUGUUGUCAAAGCGUUGCACAGAAUUAUUCCUUUGUUUGGCGUGAAUCUGUGUCCUGAGUUUUCAAGUCCAUACACCAGACCAUUGUGUUUAACAACAGAACCUAGCCACUACCUACAUUGCAGUGGCAUGUUGGCAAGUUUUAUAUCAGGCUCUGCUGUCAGUACCAUGUCUUCCAUAUCCAUCUCUUCUCUAGCUUUUGCUAGUUGCACCCCCUCUUCCUGCAGGGCCUGCUAUAUCCUAUCAGGUUAGAUCACUAAAGAAAAGGGGAAUGCCUGUUCCAUGGCACCUAGCAGUAAAAUUUUUCUACUUCUAUUAGUAUGGUGUAUUAAUUAAUAUUGUAUUAUUUAAUUAUCAUAUGUAUAAAUUAAUAUGAUAUGCUUGCAUGCCUAUAUGUAAAUGCCUUGAGUCUGGCUGAUGUUGGGAAAAGGUACUAUACAAAUGUACUAUUUAUUUUUUUAUUUUAUAGUUAAACCCAUCUUUCUUUCCACUAGAAGAAACCUUUCCAAGUUUGUUAUACUUGUGGUUUGCUUCGAAGUACUGGUGGUUUGCUUCGAAGUACUGGUGGUUUGCUUCGAAGUACUGGUGGUUUGCUUCGAAGUACUGGUGGUUCUCUUUAAUGGACUAGGGAUUCUUUUUAGAUGAAGUAGAGAUGCUAUCAAAUAAGAUGCAAAGCUUUUGUCUCUAAUAUGACAAAAGUGUCAAAAAAGCUAAAACUAAACAAAAACAAUAAUUUUGUUUCCUGUUAUUGAUUUAAUUGCUUGAUCACAAUGAAUGUUUCUUUUUUGAGGUGCAUAUGAACUUACCAUUUCAGGUUACUUCCUACUUUCUUUUCUAGCAAAAGAUAUAAAUUAUCUGAUAAUAUUUUUGUAUUUGCAUAUAAAUUAUCUGAUAAUAUUUCUGUAUUUGUAUAUAAAUUAUAUGAUAAUAUUUCUGUAUUUGUAUAUAAAUUAUCUGAUUUCUUCAUUUACCCAGAUCCAAAUGUUGAGGAAAUGACAUAUAUGUUCUCAAACAUGUGCAUCGACAGUUUAUUUAGAGAUUCUGUUCCUUCCGUGAAAUGAACCAGCAUUUAAAUCAAAUAAAAUCUACUGUUCGAUAAGAUAAAUGCAUAAAAAAAUAAUCAGAAUGAGGGUAUAUCAUUAGAUAUUCAGUGCAUAGAAAAGUGCAGAGUGAUAUUUCAUCUACUGCUUUUUAAUUUCACUAUGAUAAAAGGAAACUUUUUAUUUAAAAUAAUUCAACAAGUGCAUGGAGUCUUCUUGAGCAGGCUUUCAAUAAAAAAAAUCACCAAGUAACCAAGGAUGAAGAAAAGCACAAAAAUGGUUUAGCUGAUGUGAAAACUUGAAAUAUAAUGUAGAACAACACUUUGUCUUUCUGUGUAUCCUGACUUUGUUGUCUGGUUUGCUUCUUCAUUGAACUUAUAUAAUAACUUUCUCCACAAAUACAUAAUGUGAAGCAUUUGUUUUAUAGGGCUGUUGUUUUAUGCAAAGAAUUAACAUUUAAAAUGACUAUAAUAACAAUGAUAUCUUUGAUAAAUGCCAAUACGUACAACCAAAGAAGAAUAAUGGUUACAAUUUCUUUUAUUAAUUUUAAGUGAUUUCUAAGCUGUUCAGAAUAAUGAAACUAUGCUUGGUUUUUUAUUUAAUAACAUAAAAGUUUUGUGACAUAUGCAACUGUAGGUGUAAUCGAUUUGGCAAGCAAAACAUCACAGUUAAAAGGAAUGACAAAAAUUUGGACUUUAUGAACUUCUUGUACACAAACAUCAGUAUAAUUUUUAGGCAUAAAAGUUUUAAUGAAAGUUUUGCUUGCUUAACGUGUUUUCCAUUGUUAUAUAAUCAGUCAGCAGCAAAUGUCAAAUUCAAAAGUAGUAGCUUUUUGCAUUAUGAAAAAAUUCCUUCUGCAUGGUUCUGCAAUUAAUAUUUCUUUUACAGUGGAUUUUUUUUCCCAAGCCUUGCCUUUAUUGGGAACAUGUUAAGCUUGAUAUCUAAAGAGUGUAAUAAGCCCUACUCUCUAGUUUGGGGAUGUUAGGAUUUAUACAUUUAACUUUUUGAAAAUAUUUGUUGUCAGCCUGAAAAAAUUUUGGAUAGUCUAAUAAGAAGAUAUUAAGUUCUGUGGUGGAAACCUUUUUUCUUGGUGGAAACUUUGUAAGGCUGCUAUGAAAGUGGAAAGAUCUAUGAAACUUUAUAAAGACAGUGUGAGCAUGAAUUACUAAUUCACCAUUUUUGUAAUGUGGGUAAAUGUUGUAUUCUUUUCACUUUGCAACAUGCUGCUAAAGCUAAAAUCAUUAUUAGGCUGUACCUAGUCCUGAGGCAGUCUUAAAUCCCUGUGCUCAUCAGUCAAAUUCAGGUCUGUGCCUAUUGUUACAGAUACCUGUAACAGAUAUACCUGUUGAAGGCCAACAGCCUAUUGAAUUUUAAUUUUGUAAAAAUUGUACCUGUGAUUUGUUAUAAGAAGAUGGAGUAUCAGAGUUGGUCUGUGAGGGGUGUUCACUCACAAGUAAGCAAAGAUUUGGUUUCCAUUGUGCAUUUCUUUGGGAAUAAUUAUUUGUUGCUGGUUGUCUUGUCAUGGGGAUUUGCAUUCCCUAUGCAAUAAGAUUUGUAAAUUUGUAGAUUUCCUUUCCCCAAUUUGCAUUUAAACAGGCAAUAUCAUGAAAAUAGCGAAUAAGCUUUGUUUCAUGACCUCAAUUAGCGAACUGGUUGGCUCGUUUUAUGCCAGAAGUAAUAUAUUUUUGGGGUGGAGAGAUGAGAGGGAAAUGGAAUCUAUUGUGCUGUAUUUUAAGGUGUGUCCUUGUGAUCCUUUUUUCACUGUGUUUUGGGGGAUAAAUGGUAUGAAUUAAUGGUUCAAAGGAAAGGCAGUGUUUAGCGCAGUGUCCAGCAUUAUGCAGUUGAUUGAUUGGUUGGUAAUAGCACUUUUCCCCACCACUAAGGAAAAGAAAAGCACACAAACAAUAGUAAUGGAUCCUGGUCUCAAAAACAAUAAGUCAGCUGGCUUGUUUGCUUUUUUUUUGUACCCUAGGGAAUUCAGACAGUGUAAUCAGUAUCUUGAAUACUUGGUUUCUGAUUGAAACAUUUAACUUUUAUUGUAUGGUUUUCUGAUGUUGUCAUCUAAGUUAUGUAGAGUUCAAAGUUUUAUUUUAUGGGGUUUGUUGGUACAGCUAUUGCGUGUUCUGUUUAUGAUUAUUGCCCCUGGUAAGGUAUAGUGAUUUAGUGAGAUUGCACACAUGGGCAAACUUUUAAAUCUGCAGCAUUUCAGCUAGUCCUUUUGACAGUUUUUGCUUAAUUUUUUUCAGUGCUUGCUAUCUAGUAUUUACUCAAUAAGAUGAUGGCACCUUUGUAGGAGAAUUUUUAUGUUAUGUCCAUGGAUUGCCAUUCUAAACAUGCUGAGCCACAAAAACUUCAGCCAGUAGACAUGCAAGUGGUAACAACAAUGAUGAUAAGAGUGAGAACUUUAUUUUGAUAGGUUCAUGCCCAUAACCAAUGUUGGAUGAGAUGGGUUAGGGAGGAAAAAUCAACUAUUAACUUUAAAUAUAUAGUUACAAUAAGAAGAUAUCCUAAUGCCACAACUUCAUUAAAAUUACAAUGUAUAUUAAUAGUACCAAAUUAAGUUUCGUUUUCAUAAAAGUUCUCAUUAUAAACAUUUGCAAAUUAUUUACUCUCUCUCUGUAUUGCAUUAUAGAGAAAAAUGCCAACAUUUUGGAUUGAUUUUAUAGAAUUACGUGUACUUGCAAAUCAAAUACAGUGGAACCUCAGUUAAUGACCACAAUCCGUUCUGGAAAGUUGGUAUUCGAAAUGUAUGGUAUCCAAAACAAUGUUCCCCAUAAGAAAUAAAGGAAAUAGAUUUAAUUGGUUCCCAGCCCCUGUUUACUCGCUGAUAUUUGAAAGUUCCAGGCUAUAUAGGUAUUUUUUUUUAAAAGAACAGUUAUAAUGCAAUAUAAAUAGAGUUAAAUAAACAUAAAAACAUUAAAGAGAUCAUUUAAGCAUAAGAAAACUUGCCGUUUGGACGGCAUGGGUGGAUGGAAGUGUGGGGAGGAAGGGGUGGAAUAACUCCAUGAGCACAUGUAACAUUGUAAAAUCGGAGAGUGGUGGGGGACUUCCCUUUUCUGUCGCUUUGAGGUUGAAGGAAAAUAACUUGUCCAGUAUCUGUUGUUUCUGCCUAGUUUUGUAACACUUUUGGGUAAUACUACAUCACAUUAUCAUUGAACAUGUUUAGGCUCCUAUUGCCUAUAGCACUGUUAGGGAAAGACUUUUCUACAAACAAUUGCAUUUCCCCCACUUCACACACAUUUCUUUAAUCACAAAAAUCACUACAUAAGAAGGAUGUGCACCAUGGAUGUAUAUUUAGUUCGUGAUGCGCACAGAUUUUUUUUUUUUUUUUUUUUUUAAGUUGAGUUUGGUAUCCGGUGCAAAUUUUUUACGAAAUGUUUGGUCGUUAUCCGAAAUGUUCACUAUCGGAGGCGUUCACUAGCCGAGGUUCCAUUGUAGAUGAAUAAAACUGUGAAGGGCUCUUAUAUAAUCAGAUAUGUACAGCUGGCAUAAUAGAUCUUUAUAUUUUGGGCAGAUAAACACAGAUUAGUCUAUUCACAGUAGCAUUGGGAGCAUUUUAUUUUAGCCUUACAGUAGACAAAUUCCUGUAAUACUGUUUAUGGUAUCUUAGGUUUGUAAUUUAAUCCAAAUCUUCAAUGAAUCUCUAAUACCAAUGUUUCACAUCAGUUAAAUACUUAGCACUAAAGAUGACAAAUGAGCUGUAGAAUGACUAUCAAUCUCUACUAAUUAUUUUACUGUGCCAGUCUAUGAGAUUCUUUUAAGAAUCUUUUAAGAAUUCUUUUAAGAAUUGGUUAACAUUCUGCCUAACUCUGACAUUCCCAAGCAAAUACAAAACCAUGCUGGUAAAGUACUAACAUAACUUUACUAACCCAUAUAACCUCAUCGUUACUGCUCAUAUUUAUAACUAUUAUAUUUUAAACUUUUCUUGGCAGUUGAUUGGGUAGGGCAGUUAAUGGUGAAUAGGCCUAAGCUAAGGUGACCAGACGUCCCGCUUUUGACCUCGUGUCCCGCCUGCUCAUCGGGACGCCCAAUGUCCCGCUUUCUGGCUUUCACCAGAUCUGCCGUUGAAAGCACCACUACUCGGCAAAGUCAGAGGAAAGGUUCCCCCCGCCUCCUUUUUCGGCGCUCUUUGUCGGUGACGACACCAUCAUCGGCACGUGUCCCGCUUUCGCUCCCGAAACGUCUGGUCACCUUACCUAAGCAUACAUUUUGUUUGCAAUUCCAGCUCUGUAAAUACUGUUCAGGAGGGCUGUCAGUGGUCUAAGUCACAAAGUGUUGCAUAUCUUAAUUCUUCUCCUUACCAUUUCCUAGCCUAGGCUUACAGAAAAUAUUUGGUAAUUUUUACAGUGGCUAAGUGCUGGAGUACUCGUAUACUUUGUACCUAAUUUGUGCAGCUAGCCGAUCAUGAGUGGCAACACAAAGUAGUGUUUUGUUUUAAAAUUUUUUUAAAGUUUUGGAAUAUGCAAAUAUAUCCAGCUAUAUAUCA